GGGCACUGGUGGGUGGCACGGGUGGGAACAGGUGGGUGGCACUUCUGGGCACAGGUGUGUGGCACUGCUGGGUGGCACAGGUGGGUGCACUGCUGGGCACAGGAGGGUGCACUGUUUGGCACAGGUGGGUGCACUACUGGGCACAGGUGGGCGCACUGCUGGGCACAGGUGAGCGGAACUGGUGGGUGGCACUGCUGGGCACCGAUCAUCAGGGCACUGAUCAUCAGUGCCCUGAUGAUCGGUGCCGAUCCCUGCUCUGACAACUGCUGGUUCUCGGCAGCACUUUCCUCACGAUCUGACAGCGUGAGAAAAGUGCAGCCGAGAACCGGCAAUUGC